AAAAAAACAAAAAAGUCUAGCACAUUAGGAACCAAGAACACAUAUACUGAAAUAGGCAACCACAGCCAUACAAUUGAGUGAGAGGCUAUCUGUCUUGCUAUCAUCCAUAAUCUCAUCCAUUUUCUUCCCUCCAUCCAUUCAUUCAUAAUAAACUUCCACACCAAAAAACCAAAUUCUUCUUCAUUACUAGUUUACUACACACAAACAGUAUUGCUAUUGCUGCAUUUCUAAAACAACAAUGGCUUCGGCUGCUUUCUCAGUAGCCAACUCUUCUCUCCAGGUCAGGAACAAAGGAUUCUCUGAAUUCUCUGGUUUGAGAACCUCAUCAACCAUUCCAUUUGGAAGGAAAACUAAUGAUGACUUGCUCUCUGUUGUUGCCUUCCAGACCUCUGUUAUUGGAGGAGGGAAGAAUAACAAGAAGGGAGUAACUGAGGCAAAGUUGAAAGUUGCCAUCAAUGGAUUUGGAAGAAUUGGAAGGAACUUCUUGAGGUGUUGGCAUGGUAGAAAAGACUCUCCCCUUGAUGUCAUUGCCAUCAAUGACACUGGUGGUGUCAAACAAGCCUCUCACCUUCUCAAAUAUGACUCCACCCUUGGUAUCUUUGAGGCUGACGUCAAGCCGGUUGGCACUGAUGGCAUCUCUGUCGAUGGAAAAGUCAUCCAAGUUGUCUCUAACCGCAACCCCUCCAACCUCCCAUGGGGAGAUCUUGGGAUAGACUUGGUCAUAGAAGGUACCGGAGUGUUUGUCGACAGAGAAGGCGCUGGGAAACACAUCCAGGCAGGAGCCAAGAAGGUGCUCAUCACCGCCCCCGGAAAAGGUGACAUCCCGACUUAUGUUGUUGGUGUCAAUGCUGACCUCUACAACCCUGAUGAACCUAUCAUCAGCAAUGCCUCUUGCACCACCAACUGCCUUGCUCCUUUCGUCAAGAUUCUUGACCAAAAAUUUGGCAUUAUCAAGGGAACAAUGACAACUACUCACUCUUACACCGGUGACCAAAGGCUUCUUGAUGCAAGCCACAGGGAUCUUAGACGUGCACGAGCUGCAGCUCUCAACAUAGUUCCAACCUCAACUGGUGCUGCUAAGGCUGUGGCCCUUGUCCUCCCAAGCCUUAAGGGUAAGCUCAAUGGCAUUGCCCUCCGUGUCCCCACCCCUAAUGUCUCAGUUGUGGACCUUGUCGUUCAAGUCUCCAAGAAGACAUUUGCUGAGGAAGUGAAUGCUGCGUUUAGAGAGGCUGCUGACAAGGAACUCAAUGGCAUUCUCUCAGUCUGCGAUGAACCACUCGUGUCAGUUGACUUCCGGUGCAGUGAUGUGUCAUCAACUGUUGAUGCUUCACUCACUAUGGUCAUGGGAGAUGACAUGGUUAAGGUUAUUGCUUGGUAUGACAAUGAAUGGGGUUACUCACAGAGGGUGGUUGAUCUUGCUGACAUUGUUGCAAACCAGUGGAAAUGAAAUAUGAAUAAUAAAUAAAGCAGUAUUGCUAGAUAGUGGCUUAAAAUUUUUUUACCUUGUUUGUAGAUUAUUAUUCCUUUUUUGAAAAUUGUAAUGAGAACUAAAACAAUUUUCCACCUUGUGAAAUCUCAGUUCAAUAAAAGUUCCCCUUCUGGUGUUUA